AUGAAAGGGCUUUUAACCCCAAAGGAGCAAUAUGAACACUACUCUAGUAUUCAGAAUGUCUUUGGCGCCAGAAGCCCCCUAGAAGUUCAAGCCAAAGCCAACUGCAGUAACACAUUUCGCGAGGUAGCCAACGCGUUCGGCCAUCGAUGGGAAUUUCACUCGCACGCGCGGAUUCGGCCAAAUAAAAUUUCGCCCGAAAUUGAAUCGACCGCGCGGCGCAAGCAGACCGUGAAAUUGGACGGCGCGGCCAGCGGGUCAUUCCGCGUCUUCGUCGUUAUCCCUCGUGAAGUACGAUUCACACCGAACGGCAUUUGUCGAUCCGAUCAGUUGCCAAAAAUUAGCUCGGAGAGAACGCAGCUUAAGCCCCUGCCGCGGAACCGAGAGUUGCGGGCUUUUGCGCUGGAGCUAUUGAGCAAAAGCCGCGCGGCUCGCGGCAUAAAGUUCCACAGUUUCGUGUUCACCGUUUCGAAG